AUGGGACUGCAAAACAUCAAACAUGUCGUACUCAUUCUCUCGGGCAAGGGUGGCGUUGGCAAAUCUAGCACCACCUUGCAAUUAGCCCUCACUCUUACCCAGCAGGGCCAUAAUGUAGGAAUUCUCGAUAUCGAUCUCACUGGCCCAAGUAUACCAAGACUUCUGAAUCUGGAAGACAAGAAAGUUACUCAGGCACCUGGGGGCUGGCUGCCAGUCAAAGUCCAUGAUGCAAUUGAAGGGCAGUCAGCGGAAGAAGAAGAUGCUGCACCAACGGGUGGUCGCUAUUCUGCAGCUCGAGGCUCUCUUCAUGCUCUAUCUCUUGCAUUCCUCCUGCCAUCGCGCGAGUCCGCUGUGAUAUGGCGGGGUCCCAAAAAAACUGCAAUGAUCAGACAAUUCGUAUCUGAUGUCUUCUGGCCUCCGAAUACUGAUUAUUUACUGAUCGAUACUCCUCCGGGUACAAGCGAUGAACAUAUUGCAAUCGUGGAAGAACUUCACAAGCUUGCUGCAGAUGUACAACCUACACAAGCUGCCAAUGGAAGCCUAGCACUGGACAUCGAUUCAGCACCUAAACUUGCUGGGGCUGUGAUUGUGACUACCCCGCAGGCCAUAUCAACUGCGGAUGUGAGAAAAGAACUCAACUUCUGCGUCAAGACCCAGGUCCCCGUGUUAGGUGUCAUUGAAAAUAUGGCUGGUUACAUGUGUCCUUGUUGCAAUGAGAUUACCAACAUCUUCAGCAAAGGUGGAGGUGAAAUCAUGGCAAGAGAAACUGGUGUCCCUUUCCUAGGGUCUGUCCCGCUCGACACCGGAUUCGUUGCGUUAGUUGAGGGGGUGAAAGAUGAUCAAAAUCCGGACCAAGCAGCCAACGGAGCAGGUUCCAGUGAGCUCGUUGAAAGAUACAAGACAUGUGGUCUGAAUCCCCUUUUCACCGACUUUGCAUCAAAGAUAAACCAGAAAAUCCACAACAUGGACCUUUCGCGCGCAUAA